AUGUGUUCCCCAUUAGGUUAAUUAAACUCUGAAUAUCCCUGAGUGAGUGUGAAUGGUUUUGUCUGUGGUGGACUGGCAGCCUGUUCAGGGUGUGCCCCCCCCUCUCUGCCAAUCUUCUCACAAAAGCAGGUUCAACCCAGCGUGCAUCAUUCUGAAAGUCUUAAAAUGAGGUGUGGAGAACUGACAAUCACCAGCGGCCCGCACAGCUGCAGGACAUGAAAAGUAGUGUGCUCACAAAGCUAAAUGGAGGACAAUUGGCCAAUUGGCUUCUUCUUCCAAAAUGGCAAAUUAACCACGUGCUGUGCAGGAUUGCUUUGGAGAGAAGUAAAGGAGGACGCUUCACUAAGCUUUGGAGAAGGCAGCCUUUCAACAGUAUGGGCUCCAGCCAGAGCAGCGAGAAGUUCUACUGUAAUCGCUAUCUGAAUGGAGAGGGUCCCCCAUCAUUGUCACAAGUUGUUGAAGAGGUGAAUCAGAAGAACAAAGAAUCAGCGAAGCGUCAACCGGAGGGAAAGAUGACCUGGGUGGUUCUCCACAAAGACCUGGCAGGAUUCCCUAAUGUCAACACUGUGCAGAUCAACUACAUAUUCCCAGAAGGAAUACAGACGCAGAGUCAUCCUCAUCCUGGCCAGGCUUUUGCAGGACAGCAAGUGAGCGCAUAUCUCCCAGACAACCGUAAGGGCAGGAAAGUUCUCAAGCUCCUGGAGAAGGCCUUUUAUCAGCAACUUCUAUUCACGGUUGCAACCAAUCCCAAUGGAGAAGAUGUGGUGACACCGGAUUCCAUUCCACUUAAAACAAAUCAAGAGGGAGGAAGCAUUAACAAUGGCUACCCAGACCCAGACUACUUUAAAACUCUGGAAAAGACACUCAAAGUUAAAGGCAUCAAGUAAGAAGAAUUACUCCACUGGAGGGUCAAUGAAAAUAGAAAAUGUAACCAUGUUUACUGAAAAGCCAGGGAAUCUCUUCAUGAGGAGAGAUCUUUCUGUUGAAGUUGAUUCAAUGUAUUAGCUAAUAUGUACGGUAAGUAUUUUAUUACUGCACAAAAGUAGUUACAUACUGUACUUUUGGUAGUGUUAUACAUAGUUGGAUAAAAACAUUACUAAAUUGCAUUACUGUGAAAAUAAUCUUAUGUUGUUCAGAAAGUGUGUUCAUAUUGUUGUAAUAAAGUUAAAUAAAUAUCUGUAUUUCUGCAUUAGUGUUGUAUCAUUAAUCUAUUUUCU